AUGAGUGAUCUGUCGUCAUUAGUGCGUACUUGUGAUUUAGACGAUAGGGUUGGGGUGACAAUAAUAGAAUCUGAUAGUGAAAGUGACUUAAGCGCCAAGGGUUCGUAUCCAUUGGAGCUGAAUAGUAGACGGAAGCCAUCGAAACGGGUACGUAGAGCCUCAGAAACACUAGUUAUUGAACCGGCGUGCGAUUUGCCUACACCUGUGGUUGAGAAGAACCCUGCUUCAAUUUUAAAGACGAUAGAUCUUCUGGGGAUCAAACUCGACUACGGCUUAUCGGAGAGCAUCUUUUUACGAGUUCCAUUGCCGGGAGAGCGAGCUGAUGGAGCUGGCUGUGACGAAAUUGUCGUUUACAAAGAUUUCUUCGCAUCAGGUCUACGAGAAGUGAUUCCAUCUUUAGUAAUUGAAGUUGCUGCACUCCUCAAGGUCUCUCCUGGCCAAUUCUCUCCGACAAUGUGGGCGACACUGAUUGCUAUUCAAGCUUUUGGAGAGUUGUUCUCUGUUGAGAUUGGAUUAGAUGCGAUUCUAUACGCGUAUAGCCUUAGAAACUGCUCAAAAGAGGAGAGCAGGUUUAAGAUGCAUCCACGCCAGACUCCUCUGGUUCGCGCCAGCCCUGAACCUCUUGACCGUGAUUGGAAGAAAAGAUACUUGUUCAUGAAAGUCAGUACUAAUCCGGGCUUUCCUAUUUCUUGGCACCGGCGAGUCAUUCUCACCGGACGUUGCGAAUCAGGAGAAAGUAAGGCUAACAAGGUGACCGAGCAUCCCGUCGAACAUCGUUGUGUGGAAUUCCUGACCAGCGAGUUUGUUCUUCCUGUGACUACUAUCCGGGGCUACGAUAUCAUGGCGAAUCAACCUGGGCUAGGAGAUAGAGCCUUCCAAUUGUUCAUGAAAGCAGGCGAGGCUAAGCUCAACAAAUCAGAACAUUCGCAGGGGCCAACUUCUAGCGAUGAUGCACUAGGCAUCAAUGGUAAGCGCAAGACUCCUGAGGCUACGACUACUCUCUCGAUAACACGAGGACCUAAAGCUACUUACAGUGAUAGUGAUGGGAUGCCGUUGUCAUCUCAAUCCGAGGCAGUAGCUUCUCUGAACCCUUCUGCGUCUGCUGGAGGAACAACAAAAUCCGAGUUGUCAGAGUCCUUGAAAGAUGUCGGAAUGAGCGUCGGUCUAGAGAGACUUCAGUCCAGCCUUCAAACGGCCAGUACCUUGUGUCACCACCUCCAAGGCCAGUCGUCGUCUUUCACAGAAGAACUGAAGCAUGAACGUCAUCUGGUUGCUGGUUUGCGUCAGGAGCUCAGUAUUGAGAGAGAGAGUGUGAAAAAUGCUGAUUCUGCAAUUGCUUCUAAGGAUGCAUGCAUGGCAAAGUUUGAGAGGAAGGUGGAGGGCUUUGAAGCGGAAGUGGCCAAAAUGAAAGCUGAUUACAUCACUUUGGGGAAGGAGAACUCUUCUUCCAAAGAAGAGCUUCGUCAAGUGAAGGAUUCCUCAAAAGAAGAGGUGGUUUAUGCUGAAAGCUGGGGUAUGGUCGUUGCGAGAUGGGAGCUUAUGCGAGAUUGGGUUGAGGGCAAGUCCACUGGUUGGGAUUUAGUAGCUGCGGACCGAGAGUAUAGGCAAGCUGUGACGAUGGAUGCGAAAAUCAAGGGUCUGGAACCACCUACUUUUGGAGCUCCGCUUGAUGCCCGAGUUAUCUCAGAUCCAAUAGCCCCCACGUAG